CGUCGGUGAGCGUAGUGACGAGUUCCCUGAUGCUGCGAUGGUGGCGACGGCCAGUGUUGAGCGUGAUGCCCGGGGAGAUGGUCCCUGGGGAGACAUUGUUCGAGAGCGGGAUGAAUGUGUUGGAUGAUAUGUGGGAUUCGGUGAAGGGAUUGGUGAGGAGGCGGAGGGUGGAUGAGGGGUAUAGCCAGCUUUCGAUGGAAAUGUCGGAUAGUGUUUGAGUAAGAUAGGAAUAAGUUGGAAGUUCGGUUGUAUGUGUACUACUUGAUGUUGACUUGAUGUAUACCUAGUUUUUCUUCGUGUAGUGACUAUCGUAUUCAAGUUAAAUUUA